UUUACCCCAGAUCUCCUGCUCGCGACUCCUUGGCUCCGGCAAUCCAUGCGCUGCAACGCGCCCCGCACGAGGCCACAGCAUCCACAUUGGGCAGCAGAAAGCUCCCAUGUCGCCUUUCGAAGAUGACGCGACCCUGCACACGCACCACCGCCAUUCCGAUCCUGUAGACUCGUCGACCAUCCUGCCCCAGCGCUCGUCGUCGCCCGCCUCGUCCAUAACCUCCUCUAUAUCCAGCCUGCCAUAUCGCCGCUCCAACGCCACUCUCUCCUCCCUCUUCGCCUCCACCUCCACCCUCCGGCCCUCUAGUCCCACCUCCGGCACUGCCACGCCCACUGCACCCCUCGUUGCCGGUUCCGUCUUCUCGCCGCCUCCACGCAAUGGCACCUCUUCUCCCCGCUCGCCGCACUUUGCCGGCGGCGGCAGCGACGAGUCGAGAAUCCUCAUACUCCGCUCGUUUGUCCCCCACGUUGCGGUGCUGGCAUCGGCCGACACGGAAGAAAUGUGCAGGCUGAAGGGUUUCCCUGGAGGCUUCUUGGAGCUGCUCCGACCGUAUGGCGAGCUGGUGCAAGGUAAGGUUACCAUCCGGGACAGCGUUGGCGCAAGCAGGAGCUGGGACGACUUUGGCAUCCGCUUUGUCGGUUUGAAAGAUGGCCUUGGAGUGCGCCCGUUCACUCCAAGGCAGAGCUCCGACACGAGGCCAGGUAGCGUCAAUGAAAAACGGGCCCCGGGAGUGCCGUCGCAGACCUUCGCCCGGGUUGGCGGUGACGUCGGUGCGAUAGAAGAUGCUGUUGACAAGCAUCUGUUGUACGCAGAGAUGCAGUUGGGAAACACCGUCACGGACUAUUUCAACUCUAAAAGAGCCAGUGGAGAAAUGGCAAACUCGUCAUCCCCAUUUUACAGACUUUAUCUUCGCCGAUUACUUUCCGGGCUACCCAUGACACCCCACGAAACCUUCUCACAUCCGGUGGCGUGCGUUAUUGCCAUCAGUUCGCGCAGCCCGUCGCCGAUAGAAGAAUUGCGCAGGCUGUACGGAGGCACGAAUCAAGGGGAGCAAAGAUUACCGCAGUGGGUCAAUAACGAUUAUUUACGAUAUUACGUGCUUGUGCACGACGAGGAUCAUGACGACAUUGCCAAAUCUACGGCGUUGUACGAGCAGAUGAAGCGGCAUUUUGGUUUACAUUGUCAUUUGUUGCGGUUGAGGAGCACUCAAUGUGUGUCUUCGGAUGAUGAUGCCGUCCGACUGCCCAUGUGCGAUUGGCUCUCUGCAUCCGAGGAGCUAGCAGAGAUCCAGAAACGAGAAAACCUGGAGGACGUCGAGGACCCGACGCCGUGUCUGUUCGAAUCCGAUGCCACGGCGUUGCGCACUUUCAUCCGCGAGCUCGUCACGCAGUCCGUCGUUCCCACGAUGGAACGCCUCACCGUCACAUGGAAUGAGCAGGUGGCAUCACGCCGACGAGGCAUUAGCGGACGCUUCAUGUCUCUAUCAAAGCGCUGGACAGGGUUCGGCACAUCAUCGCGCCACUCGGGCGCUCUCCAAGGCGGUUCCGGGAGCAACUACGACUCACUUCAAGGCUUCUACCGGCCGGAUACGCCUGAGGCCAUCAUGCGCAAGCUGGCCGACUAUGCAUUUAUGCUGCGCGACUACCGGCUCGCGAGCAGCACGUACGAAAUCCUGCGUAGUGACUUUAAUAACGAUAAGGCGUGGAAAUACUACGCUGGAGCCAACGAAAUGACAGUCAUAGCCACACUUAUGACGCCGACGCACGUGUCGUCGAAAACACGUUCCGAGAACCUUGACCAGAUGCUCGAAACCGCCAGCUAUUCGUACAUCAGCCGGUGUGCGUCGCCAUACCACGCGCUACGCACGCUAGCGCUCGGUCUCGAGCUACUCAAACUCCGUGGCUCCUCGGCCUCGGAAGAUGCGGCGCGCUGGGCGGCGCGCAUCCUGGAACUACGGCUCGUGGGCCCCAUCGGACACGCCCUCUUCACAGAGCGCAUGGGCGCAUGCUACGCCAGCAUCCAGGGCAUCGGCACGAUGCAAUGGGGCGUCCGGCGGCGCAAGGCGGGGCUCUGGGCAGUGCUAGCAGCAGACGCCUGGGUACGGAUGGAGAAGAGCGUGCAGGCAGAGAAAUGCCUAGACGAGUCAGCAGCGCUGUACGGGACGCGCGCUGGCGCCGGCGAGGACGACGGCGAAAGUUCGUCGGCGCGCGGCCCCAUCGACGAAAUCGAGGAGCACAAGGACUUUCUCCUCGACCCGCGGCGGCCGCGCUCCAUCGACUUCCAGGGCAUGCGGCGCUUCCUGAUCGAGCUGCGGCAGAGCGUGCUAGCGACGCGGCUGGCAGCACAAGGGUACGGCGACGCCGACGCCGACGCCGACACGGACGACUUGCCGCCUUCGGCCUCCAUGGCUGCGGCUCCUUCUUCCGCUGCUACCGCGCCUCCUGGUGCCUCGGCCGCUGCGGCGGCGCACCCGACCCUGGAGCCCGUCGACGAGGUCAGCGAGACCCUCGACGUCACGCCUAUGGGUGGCGGGAGGCCGCACCGCCGCAGCUUGAUGGGCGGUGGGCCGGCGCCGUUUGCGCAGUUGGGCGAGAACGCGCUUAGUCCGAUGCGGAGCAGGGAGGAGGAGCCGCCGCUCAUGGUGCUGGAGGAUACGAAGGGGAGGGGCGGGUUCGAGUAGUGUAGGGGGUAGGGGUGUGGGUUGCGGUGAAGGGGUUAGAGGGGGAGUGCUGGGGAGGGGCCGGGGUCGGUGCGAUAUGUGGCUGUGCUACAAUACGACACAGCCACACUACCACCACGACUGGCACUGGCAUUAUCUCCAUCACAACAACCCCUACCGCCGCCGGCAGUACCUACCUACCUACCCUCCGCAAGUAGACGGGUGUGCGCAGCAGUAAUGACGUCGAAGCCUCCAACAAGGGCCAAGGCAGCGACAGAACCUACGAUCGAGAAGGCAGGCAAGGAAGGGAGGGACGGGUCAGUUGUGUGUGCGUGUCUUGGGAAGGAGGUGGAGGUUGUUUUGUUUUGAACGAGUAGUCAGUUGGGUUGGGUUGGGUGCGAGAGCGCGUUGUCCUGCCGCGUUUGUGUGUUGUACUGUACGUAUGUAGAUAUCCUGAAUCGAGCGCGUUUGUGGGUUGU